UCACUCAACUGGUGCCGCCUUUUCUCCCUCAAUUCUGAUUCUCGCACUGUAUUCCGUGAAAAUGGCGGUCUUGUCGCUCUCCCUCUCAAACCCUAGAUAAUUCCCAACUGAGAGAGGGAUAAUUGCAAAUUCUUCAGCCGAUUUUGCACUCGCAAAGUCUCACACGCCCUAUCAAAUGAAGCGCGGUUUUGAAGAAAUCUCCGACGAGGAAUGGUCCGACCACUCCUUCAACCCCUCCAGAGCCUUCAAACCCAACCCCAAGCCCCCGCCUCCGAUCGAGUCCUUCGCCUAUGGUUCCACCGCCAAAUCCGUUUGCAAUUCCAGCCGCUGCAGCAGCGACGAUUCGGUUGAGGUCAUCGGAGAGUCGGGGCCAAAUUCCGUCGCGAAUUUGGAGGACGAUGACGUGGAGGAUACGGAGGAGGCUCGGCCGCAGACGGCUCGCGCUCGGAGGUUUGUCGUCGAUGAGGACAGCGGCGAUGAUUUUGCGGAUGUGAUCGAGGUGAAGUCGACGGAGGAUGAUGAAACGGAGCUCGGAUUUUCGGAGGAGGAGAAGGAGAAGGAGGAGGAGGAGGAGGAUGUGGUUGGGAAGGCUCUGCAGAAGUGUGGAAAGAUAUCGGCGGAGCUGCGGGGGGAACUGUACGGCUCGUCCGGGGCGGCCUGUGAUAGGUAUGCUGAAGUUGAGAAUUCUUCAGUGAGGAUUGUCACUCAGGAUGACAUAUAUGCAGCAUGUGGGUCUGAGGAUAUGGAUUUCCAACCAGUUCUAAAACCCUACCAGCUUGUUGGUGUCAACUUUCUUCUUCUGCUGUACAGAAAGGGAAUAGGAGGAGCAAUAUUGGCAGAUGAGAUGGGACUUGGUAAGACAAUUCAGGCUAUAACAUAUUUAACCUUGCUGAAACACUUGGAAGAUGAUCCGGGCCCCCAUUUAAUAGUGUGCCCUGCUUCAGUUCUAGAAAACUGGGAAAGAGAGCUGAAGAAGUGGUGUCCUUCAUUUUCUGUACUCCUGUAUCAUGGGUCUGGCCGGGCAGCAUAUUCAAAAGAGUUGAGCUCUUUGGCUAAGGCUGGGUUGCCACCUCCGUUUAAUGUUAUUCUUGCAUGUUACUCACUUUUUGAACGACACAGCAUGCAGCAGAAAGAUGAUAGGAAAAUUCUGAAACGUUGGCAAUGGAGUUGUGUGCUUAUGGAUGAGGCUCAUGCAUUGAAGGAUAAAAACAGCUAUAGAUGGAAAAACCUAAUGUCCGUUGCGCGAAAUGCCAACCAGCGCCUGAUGCUUACAGGGACACCACUACAAAAUGAUCUACAUGAGCUGUGGUCAUUGUUGGAGUUUAUGAUGCCUGGUCUAUUUGAAACUGGAGAUGUAGACUUGAAAAAGUUUUUCAAUUCGGAAGAUAGGGAUUUGAUUUCCCAUAUGAAGUCCAUACUGGGACCAUUUAUUUUGCGGCGUUUAAAAUCUGAUGUAAUGGAGCAAUUAGCCCCAAAGAUACAGCGGGUUGAAUAUGUGGAAAUGGGAACCCAGCAGGAUGAUGCCUAUAAGGAAGCCAUUGAGGAGUAUCGUACAGCUUCACAAGCUCGUAUUUUGAAGUCGCCACAGUGCAACAAUAAUAUUGUUGGCAUUCUUCCUCAGCGUCAGAUUUCUAACUAUUUUGUUCAAUUACGCAAGAUUGCAAAUCAUCCUUUACUGGUGAGGCGUAUUUACACUGAUGGGGAUGUUGUUCGAUUUGCUAAAAAGUUGCAUCCUAAGGGUGUGUUUGGCUUUGAGUGUUCCUUGAACAGAGUAAUUGAUGAGCUCAAGAGUUACAAUGACUUCUCUAUUCACCGGCUUUUACUUCAUUAUGGUGUUUCUGAUAUGAAGGGACCUCUUUCAGAUGAACAUGUUAUGCUUUCAGCAAAGUGUCAGGCAUUAGCCAAACUUCUACCUUCACUGAGGCAAAGUGGGCAUCGGGUUCUGAUUUUCAGCCAAUGGACAUCCAUGCUUGAUAUCUUGGAGUGGACUUUGGAUGUCAUUGGGGUUUCUUACAGGCGCCUUGAUGGAAGUACACAGGUGGCAGAGAGACAAUCAAUAGUAGAUACAUUCAACAGUGACCCAUCAAUAUUUGCAUGCUUAUUGUCAACAAGAGCUGGAGGGCAGGGUUUGAACUUGACUGGAGCUGAUACUGUUGUUAUUCACGACAUGGAUUUCAAUCCACAGAUUGAUCGACAAGCUGAAGAUCGAUGUCAUCGCAUUGGGCAAACAAAACCAGUGACCAUAUACCGGUUGGUGACCAAAAAUACAGUUGAUGAGAAUGUUUAUGAAAUUGCAAAAAGGAAAUUAGUGUUAGAUGCGGCUGUACUAGAGACUGGCGAGGAAGUUGAGCAUGAAGGCAGCAUGUCUGCUAAGACAAUGGGAGAGAUUUUAUCGACACUGUUGCUCGGAUAAGUACUGGCUGCUGUACUUGAGACCGUUGAGGGUGUCGACGACGAAGGCACAGGUCUGCCAACCCAAAGGCGAUAUUUGGUCCAUGCUGUUGCCAGUAUUACCCUGGCAGCUGGAGGGAGUUUUAAAGUGGUCAACUAAAUCAUUUUUUUGUAUCUCUUCAAAAGCCACUGUUAUGAAAAUCAAAACCAAAGGAAAAUAUAGAAAGAAAGAAAAGAAAGUCUCGUGGUCGUAUCAGUUGGGGUCUGAGAAAUUCCGUUCGCCAUUGAUGGUGCUUGUUCAGUGAAUUUAGAUCAGUUUUUGGUUUUUAUAGUUGAGACGUUAAUUUUGAUAACGAUUAUUAUGAAUGUGGUGGAGUUUCUGAAAAGCUGUGAUUGCUAUAGGAGGCUUUCCUUUCGCUGUUGGAGCCAGAAGUGCUAGUCUCGCUAGUCCUUAGCGCCAAGGGGCCAUAAAAUUGAAAAAGCAAACAAUUUGGGGUGCUGAUUGAGAUGCCCUUCUGUUUUUGCUUUAACAAAAACGUUAAGACUUGAUGCGGGUUAA